UCUCUCUUUUACUCGUCACCUGUUCCCCGUGCGAGUGACAAUAAAUUCCCUCGGGCCUCUACCUCUCUUAAAAAGAAACAAAUAAAAUUCACUGGGAAAAUUUCCCGAGUUAUCGCCGUCAAUCGCGAAUGUUUGGACUAUGUUUAAGUGGCCCCUCACGUUCAGAAAGAAAAAAUCGUGUUGAGUUGAUUCAUGUGCGGCUACCGAUCAGCUGUUCGAACAUGUGAUUCCCCUUCGCGAAAUUCAAAUGAAAAAAGUGUUAAAUUUUUUUCUCACAACGGGCUAUGAGCCCGCGAUGAAUGCUAAAAUUCAAUAUUCCAAGUGAAAAAAAAAACAUUUAUAAUCUUUUAUCUCCAGUAUUGACUCGUAAAGAUUUCACGUCAAGACGUUUCUGAAAAGAAAAGUGAUUGAAGUGAUUAAUUCGCGAUAAUUUCGAUGACGCGGGAGAGGGGGCGCAUGACGCGUACUUGCGCGGUAAAAAUUGAUUUAUCGGCAUGAUGACGGGGUGAUAGAUAUUUUUAUUUACUACUGAAUAUUGAGGAUUUUGUGUCGCGAAGAUUGUUAUAAAUAUGGUGCGGUCAAGGGGGUGGGAAACAGUGACCGUUCGGCGAGUGUUGACGUUGGGUAUCCAGAAAUUUUUAUGUCGUCGAGCAAUGGUGAACAACAUCUGGUGUCGCAAGCUCUCUCACAUUUGGCACCAGAAAACACCGGAGCCCCCGCACGGUCGUGCCUUCUCCGAGCCCCGUUACCAGCCCCACCUGUCCCGAUGGUAUCUCUGCUACAGAUGGCUGAUAAGUCUCGCCUGGCUGACGAUAAUCAUCUGCUCGAUCUUCGAGCUAGGCAGCUCCAAGCCCCUGGGCAAGUCCCACCUCUGGCCCAUCUACCUGACAAAUUGGGACCUUGCCCUGGGCUUCACCCAGUCCCUCCUCGGUCUCUACCUGGUGGCCAGACGAUGGCAGCUGCAGAAGUCCCCCGACUUCGACAUCAUCAGUCUCAAAUAUGGCAAGACCGAGAAGAUCUACUGGUUCUUCUACACCGUCACCUCGACAUUGGCUAUCGGUGUGACUUGCACCUACUGGGGGGCCGUCUACGACUCCAAGAUUCAUCAGGUCGAUCUUCUCAACAUCAUGCUGCACGUGUGCAACAGCAUUCUCAUGAUCAUCGAUCUUCUUGUCGCCAGAAUACCUCUGAGAUUCAGACACUGCUGGUGGUGUCCCACAGUUGCCAUCUGCUAUCUCAUAUUCACCAUCGUCUAUCACUCAGCUGGGGGCCUUGACAAACAGGGAAAUCCGUGCAUUUACAAGGUUCUCAACUGGUCGGAACCCGGAAAGACUAUUAUCGUUUGUCUCGGGGGACUGACAUUCCUCAUCGUUGUCCACUGCCUUCUUUGUUAUGUCGCGCAAAUCAGGGAUCGGCUGUACGAGGGCAGUCAGAAGUACGUCAAGGAUGAAUCUGAGGGGGCUGAGAAUGAUCUGUCACUCAAGGUCAAGAGUUCGGAGGUUGUCUGAAGGAUUGGUCGAGGGAUUUGCCAGAUAUGAAAAUAUCCUAUAGCAAUUCCGAUAGGAUUUUCUAUAGGAUUUGCUAUAUUUAGGAUAUCCUAUAGAAUUUUCUAUAGGAUUUCCUAUCAGAUU